GUGACGUCGCGGUGUCAACAUGCAAAAUGGCGGCCCAUCAUCGGCAGAACACCGCGGCCCGGAGGAAAGUCCAGGUAUCGUAUGUGAUUCGAGAUGAAGUAGAGAAGUAUAAUCGUAAUGGCGUUAAUGCACUUCAGCUAGAUCCCACAUUAAACAGACUGUUUACAGCUGGUCGCGAUUCAAUAAUCCGGAUAUGGAGCGUCAACCAACACAAGCAAGAUCCUUAUAUUGCCUCCAUGGAGCACCAUACAGACUGGGUGAAUGAUGUGGUGUUGUGCUGUAAUGGCAAGACCUUAAUAUCAGCUUCAUCUGACACUACAGUGAAAGUGUGGAAUGCUCAUAAAGGAUUUUGCAUGUCCACAUUACGAACUCAUAAGGAUUAUGUUAAGGCAUUGGCUUAUGCAAAAGACAAGGAGUUGGUGGCUUCAGCUGGGCUGGACAGACAGAUUUUCCUCUGGGAUGUAAAUACUCUUACAGCACUGACUGCCUCAAACAACACUGUCACCACAUCAUCACUGAGUGGGAACAAAGAUUCCAUUUAUAGCCUUGCAAUGAACCAGAUGGGAACAGUAAUCGUUUCAGGAUCUACUGAAAAAGUUCUGAGAGUAUGGGAUCCCAGAACGUGUGCAAAACUGAUGAAACUUAAAGGUCAUACUGAUAACGUGAAAGCUCUACUGUUGAACCGAGAUGGCACACAGUGUUUAUCUGGCAGCUCUGACGGGACCAUCCGCCUGUGGUCCUUGGGACAGCAGAGGUGCAUAGCAACGUACAGGGUCCACGAUGAAGGAGUUUGGGCGCUGCAAGUCAAUGAAGCCUUUACGCAUGUCUACUCAGGAGGGCGAGACCGCAAAAUCUACUGCACAGACCUCCGGAACCCAGAUAUUAGAGUUCUGAUUUGUGAGGAAAAGGCACCAGUUCUCAAGAUGGAGAUUGAUCGAUCAGCUGAUCCAGCUCCAGCCAUCUGGGUGGCCACCACAAAAUCGUCAGUGAAUAAAUGGUCCAUGAAGGGUAUUCAGAAUUUUAGAGCAUCUGGUGAUUAUGACAAUGAUUGCAGUGCACCAUUAAUUCCUCUUUGCACACAGCCAGAACAAGUCAUCAAAGGGGGUGCCAGUAUCAUCCAGUGUCAUAUACUGAAUGACAAGAGACACAUAGUGACUAAAGAUACAAACAAUAUUGUUGCAUUCUGGGAUGUCCUGAAGGCUUGCAAGGUGGAAGAACUUGGGAAAGUAGAAUUUGAUGAAGAAAUUAAGAAACGGUUCAAAAUGGUUUACGUGCCAAAUUGGUUCUCCGUGGACUUGAAAACAGGGAUGUUGACAAUUACUUUAGACGAGAGUGACUGUUUUGCUGCUUGGGUGUCAGCAAAGGACGCUGGAUUUAGCAGUCCGGAUGGAUCUGACCCAAAACUUAACCUUGGAGGACUAUUGCUGCAGGCUCUGUUGGAAUAUUGGCCAAGAACACACAUCAUUCCAAUGGAUGAAGAAGAAAAUGAAAUGAAUAUGGUUAAUGGGGAGCAAGAAAAUCGAAUUCAGAAGGGCAAUGGUUAUUUCCAGGUGCCACCACAUACUCCAGUCAUCUUUGGAGAAGCAGGUGGUCGCACUCUCUUCAGGCUAUUGUGCCGUGAUGCAGGAGGUGAAACUGAAUCAAUGCUUCUAAAUGAAACUGUGCCUCAGUGGGUUAUCGACAUCACUGUAGACAAAAACAUGCCCAAAUUCAACAAAAUUCCAUUCUACCUCCAGCCUCAUUCUUCUUCGGGAGCAAAGACACUUAAAAAAGAUCGUUUGUCAGCUAGUGACAUGCUACAAGUUCGAAAGGUGAUGGAGCAUGUUUACGAGAAGAUCAUCAACCUAGACAAUGAAUCACAAACAACUAGCUCCUCAAACAAUGAGAAACCUGGGGAGCAGGACAAAGAAGAAGACAUUGCUGUGCUAGCAGAGGAGAAGAUUGAGUUACUUUGUCAGGAUCAGGUGCUGGAUCCAAACAUGGACCUGCGGACGGUCAAACAUUUCAUCUGGAAGAGUGGAGGAGACCUGACACUUCACUAUCGUCAGAAGUCGACGUGAUGUUUAAUCGGAAAUGGCAGAGUGUUUUGACUCAGAGGCCAAUAGUCUCAUUGCGAACUUUCUUGUCGGCGCCUAAUCUCAUUUACCUGUAAAGGGUUAGAAGAGCAGAGUGCUCCACGCACUGCUCUGCGUUAGACCCAGCUCACUGACCGAUUUUAGUCCAGUAUGGAUAAAAGCGUCAAAUUCUAUGGAAAGAUCUACUGCUACACAAUAUAGGAAGAUUGCAGAAUGUAAAUUGAAUUUAAUCCCAGUGCACUGUCUUGAUUUGAAUGGGCAGGUUGGAGAUUACUGUAGCUUUUAUAGUAUGGUGGGGAAGACACUGCCCAGUGUACAAAGCAUAGAUAAAUGAUCCAGAUAAUGGACGUAACUGAUUCAUCAGUAGGUGUCCUUUAUUUGCUUCUAACACAUUGCCUACCCAGCACCAUUUCUUGCAUGGGCACCACACUAGCUAUUGCUGUCACCUUACUAUGUGAUGUUACCCAUCACUGCAAAUUCUUCUUUCCAUACAUUCCAGAUGUUUUCUUGUUAGAUGUCGUUUUAAUGCCACUAAUUUUGUUGGCUCAUUUGGGAAGUGAGGUGCGCACGUGGAAUUACAAGGCAGUGUGCAAAGAUCAGAUUCAUUGCUGCUGUUGAACUUAGUGUCACCAGUCGUUAAAUGUGCUUGUUACUUGUGAACUAUGCCCCUGAUUGACUGUUCCUGCACCUUGUAAUCUGUUAUUUUGUUAAAUUCAGCUAGUGGUGCUACAUUUGUCAAAAGUUAAUCUUUUGAUGUGUCAGAGCAGGGGACUUUGUACAGCUGCUUUAUUUGGGACAAACUAAAGAUAGAUAGGACACGAGGGCACAAGUUCCCAGUUAACAGGACAGGUUUAUGACAGAUGCCAGUAUAUAUUUCUUUGCGUUGGAAUGAUCACAGCUCAAAUAGAUUGAAGUCAAGCAAUUGCACUUAGUUUUAUGAUAUGAUUGAUAUUAUUAGAGGAGAAAGGUCCAGUGGGCUGCAAGUCAUCUUGAUCCAAGACCAAUCUUGAGAUGUUUGUUGUAAAUAAGAUUUUUUUUUAUUCAACCGACUAUUAACAGACCAGAUUUUUAAAAGGAUUUUUUAAGUAAAAGCUUUGAGACUUUGUAGUUGAUUGCAAAACUAACUCCUUUUGGAUGGUCCAGUUCCAGAGUUGAAACAUGAAGGCUGGAAUAAAGUAAUAUUUAACUCGA